GUCACUUCAUGAAUUAUAAUGUGGGCGAGCCCUUCAUAAUCAUUUCUAAGCCCUGAUAAGGUGGUAUAUCUUAUAAUUUUACACGUGUCGACCAUGCACGCUUGAAGAUAUGCUUUUUCAAUAUUCUUUCUUGCCUCUCUCUACUACUAAUUUGGGGUGAGCUCUCUGCUUUCAGUGUAUGCAAGCAACGCAAUACACUGCAUCUGACCCUCUUUAACUCUAUUCCCUAGAGACAUAAGGGAAAUUGGAAAACAGAAAUGGCUUAUGCAGUUCAAAAUUUAGAAUGCCCCAACUUCAAGCUUGUAAUUGUUGGAGACGGAGGCACAGGAAAGACCACCUUUGUCAAGAGACACCUGACUGGAGAAUUUGAGAAGAAAUAUGAACCUACAAUUGGCGUAGAGGUGCAUCCACUGGACUUCUUCACAAACUGUGGGAGAAUCAGAUUUUAUUGCUGGGAUACAGCUGGACAAGAAAAGUUUGGCGGGCUCAGAGAUGGAUAUUACAUUCAUGGCCAAUGUGCAAUUAUCAUGUUUGAUGUCACUGCCCGCCUAACUUACAAAAAUGUUCCUACUUGGCACCGAGACAUUUGCAGGGUUUGCGAGAACAUUCCUAUUGUCUUGUGUGGGAACAAAGUUGAUAUGAAAAACAGACAGGUCAAGGCUAAGCAGGUUACUUUCCACAGGAAAAAGAAUCUCCAGUACUAUGAGAUCUCAGCCAAAAGCAAUUACAACUUUGAAAAGCCAUUUCUAUAUCUUGCAAAGAAACUUUCAGGUGAUCCAAACCUUCACUUUGUGGCUUCUCCUGCAUUGAAGCCUCCAGAAGUUGAAAUUGAUUUUUCACAACAGCAGCGCAUCGAGGAAGAAAUACGGAAAGUUGCAGACCAACCUUUGCCAGAUGAUGAGGAUGACUUUUUUUAUUGAGUGUGAUUGGGAUUGAGCUGCAAAGUCAUCCAAAUUUUAAGAUGCAAGUUUUGGGAAAUGGAUUAGUACCUCUAAAAUUUUCAGCGUAGUUGGCCUAAGACUUAAAUGCAGAAAAUGGGAAACUCCAUAUCUACAGUUUAGAUUUAAUUAUUAUUCUGUUAUGCCAUUAAUCUUUUGUUUGAUAUCUUCUGAUAGUUUGAUCUUCUGAUCUCUUGAGUCCAGUCUUUCAUGUCUUACCAUGCUGUAUAAGCUGCCUGUUGGCUUAAUAAGAAUACCACUUUAAAUA